CCUCUAUGGGCUGGAGUUUGUUUCCACAGUUGGCUGGAUUGAGGAAAAAGCUGGACCGGGGAGCUUUCCUGGGCUGAAGAAAUGCCAGACAGCAAAGCUGGCUGAGCAGGUGGGCACUAAUCUCACUUUUAAGGAUUUCUUGAAGAUGGCAAGCCUCACAAUCCAAAAAGAACAAGGACAAACCAAACCGCGGCUCUCCUUUGUAGCCAGAGGGCAGAGGAAGAAGACAGCUGUCUGGGUGCAAGCCUCUUCCUCUCCCUGGGCUUCAAUUUAUCCACCUGUACGAGGUCUGUCACAUGGAGUUAGGUCUAUCAGUUCUCUUAGGUCCCCAUGACACCUCCAGACCCAACUUAAUGCUGGAAGUGUCUGAUGAGAGAGCUCAUUCCUGCCUUGGUGCUCUGGGACCUGAAACAAAAACAAACAGGCAUGGCCACCUCCUCCACUGAAAUGCUCCCAAGGCUGAAGCUUGCAGGUGGGAGGGCAGGGGAGAGGACAAAGGAGGUGUGAAGCAGCAGGGCCUGACCCACCCACCCCCUGCUCCCGGGUGAAGAUGUCCCAGGAGGCGAGAUCUGCCAGCCUGCAUGUCCAUGGGAGCCAGAAGGUGUCUGGCAUCAGCACCAAGAGGCCUCAUCAUUCACCCAAGUUGCUGCUGCUUUGCAGAAGUCCUGAGAAAGUCUGCUCUCCAGUACCUGCUGCUGAUCUGUUUCAGCCGACAAGAAGCACCAUGAAAUUGGAAUUCACGGAGAAAAACUACAAUAGCUUCGUGCUGCAGAACCUGAACAGACAGAGGAAACGCAAAGAGUACUGGGACAUGGCCCUGAGCGUGGACCACCACGUCUUCUUUGCACAUCGCAAUGUGCUGGCUGCUGUCUCCCCACUGGUGAGGAGCCUCAUCUCCAGCAAUGACAUGAAGACCGCUGAUGAGCUUUUCAUCACCAUUGACACCAGUUACCUGAGCCCGGUCACAGUGGACCAGCUUCUGGACUACUUCUAUAGCGGCAAGGUGGUGAUCUCCGAGCAAAAUGUGGAGGAGCUGCUUCGUGGGGCUCAGUAUUUCAACACACCACGCCUUCGAGUUCACUGUAACGACUUCCUUAUUAAGUCCAUCUGCCGUGCCAACUGCUUGCGCUACCUCUUCUUGGCUGAGCUGUUUGAGCUCAAAGAGGUAUCAGACGUAGCUUACUCUGGCAUUCGGGACAACUUCCACUACUGGGCCAGUCCUGAGGGCUCCAUGCACUUCAUGCGCUGUCCACCUGUUAUCUUUGGCCGCCUGCUCCGUGAUGAAAACCUUCACGUGCUCAAUGAAGACCAGGCUCUCAGCGUACUCAUCAAUUGGGUGUACUUCCGGAAGGAGGAUCGGGAGAAGUAUUUCAAGAAGUUCUUCAGUUAUAUCAAUCUCAAUGCUGUCUCCAACAAGACGUUGGUGUUUGCCAGCAACAAGCUGGUGGGCAUGGAGAACACCUCAUCACAUACAACCCUGAUUGAGAAUGUCCUGAUGGACCGCAAGCAGGAGGGGCCAUGCAGCCUGCUGGUCUACCAGCGGAAAGGGGCCCUGCUUGAUUCCGUGGUCAUCCUCGGUGGCCAGAAGGCCCACGGCCAGUUCAAUGAUGGAGUGUUUGCCUAUAUCAUCCAGGAGAACCUGUGGAUGAAGCUCUCAGACAUGCCCUAUCGGGCGGCAGCUCUUAGUGCCACCUCUGCUGGUCGCUACAUCUACAUCUCUGGUGGCACCACUGAGCAGAUUUCAGGGCUGAAGACAGCCUGGCGGUAUGAUAUGGAUGACAACUCCUGGACCAAGUUGCCUGACCUGCCCAUCGGGCUUGUCUUCCACACCAUGGUGACCUGUGGGGGGACAGUGUACUCAGUGGGCGGGAGCAUUGCCCCAAGGCGGUAUGUCUCCAACAUCUAUCGCUAUCAUGAGCGGAAGGAAGUCUGGUGCCUGGCAGGAAAGAUGAGCAUCCCCAUGGAUGGCACCGCCGUGAUCACUAAAGGAGACAGGCAUCUGUACAUUGUCACUGGACGGUGCUUGGUGAAAGGUUAUAUCUCCCGGGUCGGGGUAGUGGACUGCUUUGACACCAGCACUGGGGACGUGGUCCAGUGUAUCACCUUCCCCAUUGAGUUCAACCAUCGGCCCCUGCUCUCUUUCCAACAGGACAACAUCCUCUGCGUGCACAGCCACCGGCAGAGUGUGGAAAUCAAUCUGCAGAAGGUGAAGGCAAGCAAGACGACCACCUCAGUGCCUGUCUUGCCCAACAGCUGCCCCUUGGAUGUGUCCCAUGCUAUAUGCUCCAUUGGAGACAGCAAGGUGUUUGUAUGUGGGGGUGUCACCACUGCCAGCGAUGUCCAGACAAAGGACUACACCAUCAAUCCAAAUGCCUUCUUGCUGGACCAAAAGACAGGCAAGUGGAAGACCCUGGCUCCCCCACCAGAGGCACUGGACUGUCCUGCCUGCUGUCUAGCCAAGCUACCUUGCAAGAUUCUUCAAAGGAUUUAAACAUUUUAAGUGGGAGAAUAAGUAAAUGCAUUAUUAUUCACGAUUUAAUGAGAGAAAGAGAGGAAGA